GUUUAAAAAGACAUACUUUAAAAAUUCCGAUAUCACAAUCUUUCAGAACCUCUGGUACUCCCACCUCAGGCUGCUUAUCUUAACUACGUCCGAACACUGCUUAUUCUGACAGAAAGAUAAAAUGGCGGAAAGGAUGGAUAGCGAUAUGAAGAUAUUUAAAGAAGAAGAGGUUUUAGAUAAAAUAAAUCAUUUGAAACAAAUAGUGGAAGAUCUGAAGAAUACUGUGUGUGAGAUAGAACAACGACUGGAUAACAUUUGUCUAACUUAUGAGGAAGAAAUUAAAUCGUACCCGGCAGAAAAUGUAGAGGAAGCUGUAGAAGACCCAUUGAAUGAAAGAACAUUAAGGGAUGAGACGUUGUCUGAAGUGGCAGAGAAUAUCAUUAAACAGAAAAUAAGUAGUCCACUCAGUCCAGAUGUUUUCCGUUACUUUUUAUUACAUCACGCCUGAGGGAAGCCUAAACCCCCAGUGCUACCAAUAGUGCGACGCUACACAUUGGACGUCAUCUCCUUGAAGGAACAACUCAACGCUUUAAGAAACGAGCUCAACCUACAUCACAAGAAUUAUUGGAAGGAAGAAAACUAGAUAAUAAUUUAAUUUCCAGAAUAAUUAGAUUGCUGAAUAACAUUGAUAAAGAACUGUUGGCAGAGCAGAAAGAUGGUAAACGACAAAUUCCAAUUACUGAUUUUUACAAGGAUAUUCACGGAAACCAGUAACAGUUUCAGCCAUUUUGAAUUUGAUCCUCUGUAUCCUUUGUUAUAUUUGCAUAAAGCUAAUUGUUCAAUAAUCUAUAAUCUAUAAUGUUUUUUCUAAUAAUUUCAAUAAAUCAAUUUUGCUGUA